UCUGGAAGCCCAGCAGGGGCAGGAGGAGCAGCUCGAGGCCCCGCUACCAGCGGGACGCCCCUCCCCCACCUACUGGCCCAGAACGAUGGCGGCGGUUUGUGGUCGUUAGUCUCAGGGAUUUAAGAUCAACUUUUUAAGACCCUAAGGGGAAUUGCAACGAUGAAUGAAGAAAAUAUGGAUGGAACAAGUGAAUGCAGUAAAGUUCGAACUGGUACUCAGAAUGAAGCAGCACUGCUUGCUUUGAUGGAAAAGACUGGUUACACCAUGGUUCAAGAAAACGGACAAAGGAAAUUCGGUGGUCCUCCUCCAGGGUGGGAAGGGCCACCUCCACCUAGAGGCUGUGAAGUUUUUGUAGGAAAAAUACCUCGUGAUAUUUAUGAAGAUGAGUUAGUUCCUGUAUUUGAAAGAGCUGGGAAAAUAUAUGAAUUUCGACUUAUGAUGGAGUUUAGUGGUGAAAACAGAGGUUAUGCUUUUGUGAUGUACACUACAAAAGAAGAAGCCCAGUUGGCCAUCAGAAUUCUUAAUAAUUAUGAGAUUCGACAGGGGAAGUUUAUUGGUGUGUGUGUAAGCCUGGAUAAUUGCAGAUUAUUUAUUGGAGCCAUUCCCAAGGAAAAGAAGAAACAAGAAAUCUUGGAUGAAAUGAAGAAGGUUACAGAAGGAGUUGUAGAUGUCAUUGUUUAUCCAAGUGCAACUGAUAAGACCAAAAAUCGUGGUUUUGCUUUUGUUGAGUAUGAAUCUCAUAGAGCCGCUGCUAUGGCUAGGAGAAAAUUAGUCCCAGGGACGGUUCAGCUGUGGGGUCACACCAUUCAGGUCAAUUGGGCUGAUUCAGAGGAAGAGGUUGAUGAGGAAACCAUGCAAAGAGUUAAAGUUCUCUAUGUAAGAAAUUUAAUGAUCUCAACUACAGAGGAAACAAUUAAAGCAGAAUUCAACAGAUUCAAACCAGGUGCAGUUGAACGAGUAAAAAAACUGAGAGAUUAUGCUUUUGUUCACUUUCUCAACCGAGAAGAUGCAGUGGCUGCUAUGUCAGCUAUGAGUGGAAAAUGCAUUGAUGGAGCAAGUAUUGAGGUAACACUUGCAAAACCAGUAAAUAAAGAGAACACUUGGCGACAGCAUCUCAGUGGUCAGAGGAGCCACAGUGCUGAAAACCUGACUGUGUAUGCUAACAAAGAAGACAGCCACCCCAAAACGUUAGGCAAGCCACCAACUCUUCCAGCUUGUCUCCACGGUCAGCAUAGCCCAAGUGCCCUUGAAAUUGAAAGAUGCACUUAUCCUAUUUUUCCUGGAACAAAGCUUACUCCGAUUAGUAUAUAUUCUUUAAAAUCCAAUCAUUUUAAUUCUGCGGUAAUAUACUUGGACUAUUACUGCAACAAAAAUAACUGGGCACCACCAGAAUAUUAUUUAUACUCAACAACCAGUCCAGAUGGGAAAGUACUCCUGGUAUACAAAAUAGUUAUUCCUGCAAUUGCAAAUGGAUCCCAGAGUUACUUCAUGCCAGACAAACUCUGUACUACACUAGAAGAUGCAAAGGAACUGGCAGCCCAGUUUACAUUGCUUCAUUUGGACAGGGAACGCAAUCUCUUCAGCCUGGACCUGUGUAGAAGAAUUUGGAGACAAUAAGCAGGUCCUUUCUGAUGUUGCUUAAGUUUAUUCUGCAGUUUAUUCUAAUUCUUGUCAGCUAAACAGGAAGCUUAUGUGUGUUACAGGCCUUGUUUCCGGUACCAGGACAAUAUUACAGAGAAAAUAAAUGAUCAAAUUUUUCUUUCAUUCCUAGAAACACACUCAUUUUUAUAAGUAACCAUUUUAUAGUCACUGUCAUACCUUUGACUUAUGUUACACUGAAGAACAUAGUUGAGUUUUUAAAAAA